GUCUGUUCGUGUAAGUCAGUGAGGGAGGUGUGUCAUUAACCGGGUGGAGUUGAUGGGAGGCGGUACAAGUCUGUAUUGAAAAUUGUGUGGAGAUAGAUAUUAGGUUCUUCAACAUCAUUUACAAACCAGUGAAUUUAACUCCUCCAGCAUUUGCUUCCAAGAUUUCUGCCGCGCAGCCACACUUUCUCUAACGCAGCAACUUCAGACAAUAAUUGUUUCAUUGCGUCUGGAUCUGACUACAAAUGAAGACCUGAAAGUGACCUUUCUAUGUCUAUAAAAUGAUGCCGAAUGAACUUUGACCUGAAGUGAGUUGGCAGCGUUCUGAUCGCAUCCAGACGGCGUCGCCAGCGCAAUGUUUACUUGGGCGAAGAAACUGACUCGCCACCAUGGCAGGGAGGAGCAAGCAGGAGAGGGAAAUGCAGAUAAUACAGAAAAUUCCAAAUCAGACCUUAAGCAGAGGCCAGACAAAAGCCCGGGCCGGAGAUCCAGUCCCGAGGAGGAGCCGAGUCCGAAGCCGAGUUCAAGGAAGAUGAAGGCCAGCCCGAAGCAGAGUCCCGAGAAGAAAACGCCGAACUUCGCCAGGAGGCUCGCAUCGUUCAGGAAGAUGACCCUGGACCGAGGCAACCCGGAGAAGUCUCCGAAACUGAAAAGCAAAAUUCCGGAUUCAAGUGGGCCUAUGAAAAGCAAGAGUUCGGAGCAAAAUCAGGACGUUGAUAUCGCGGUCGGGAGUGAUGCAGCAGACAGGAAGUCCAUUCCAGAGAAAACGCCGUCGAGCUCCGGCCUGUCAACGCAGUCGAGCGAGGACGGGGCUCCCGCUACAAUGUCGCAGACAAGCUCCUCUGACGACCUGAAGCCGGCAAAGUCCCCGAGCACAUGCAGCAGCUUAGGUGCGAUCAGUGAGACGAGCGCCGCGGAGAGGAACGACGAGUACACCCCCGAGAGCACGACGUCGCCCGACAGGGACGACACGUCCUCCAGCAAAUACGAGACGCCCGAGCGAUACGAGACUCCUGAGCGAUCCCUGGUGGCCAGAGAGAAAACGGACGAGCUUCUCGACACCGUCAUUAGAAUCUCUGAUAACAUGGCAGCAUUACUAGUCCCGCAUACUAACGGCAUCGGCGGCUCCGCGGAUGUCGAGGAGCAGAGUCAGGUGCAGGAUGGGAAAGCGGAACAACUCGGGGGUCCACCGGAUAGCGCUGCCGAAGGACGUGGUCACGCCCAGGCACUGGAAGUGAAUGGUCAAGCUGGCAGAGCCGCAGAAGGCAUCGAUGAAAAUGCAGCCGUUUGCAGAGUGGGCGUCACGGAAGCUGGAAGCGCAUUUAGCGCGAUGACCGUUCCUGGCACGCCCGGGGGCGUCAGGGGAGCGGCGACUGGAGAGCCCACCGGAGCGGCGACUGGAGAGCCUACCGGAGCGGCGACUGGAGAGCCCACCGGAGCGGCGACUGGAGAGCCCACCGGAGCGGCGACUGGAGAGCCCACCGAAGCGGCGACUGGAGAGCCCACAGGAGCGGCGACUGGAGAGCCCACAGGAGCGGCGACUGGAGAGCCCACCGGAGCGGCGACUGGAGAGCCCACAGGAGCGGCGACUGGAGAGCCCACCGGAGCGGCGACUGGAGAGCCCACAGGAGCGGCGACUGGAGAGCCCACAGGAGCGGCGACUGGAGAGCCCACCGGAGCGGCGACUGGAGAGCCCACCGGAGCGGCGACUGGAGAGCCCACCGGAGCGGCGACUGGAGAGCCCACAGGAGCGGCCACUGGAGAGCCCACCAGAGCGGCGACUGGAGAGCCCACAGGAGCGGUCUCGUCGUCGACCGGCGCAUCGGACGAUUUCCAGGGCCAUAUGCUUCCUCCAGAGUGUUCGCUUCAGUCUGACGUUGCGGUGAACGGAAUUGCAGAUGGAAAGGGAUUACCCCGCCGAAGCCAAGCCGAAGGAGCCGAGGCUGAAGAUUCAUCGCUGCCCCUGCUGGCGCCGGUAAUGGUAGCGGCGCGGAUGGAGAGUGGACAUGCGCUGCCCCCGGCAACGCCCGCGGCAACGCCCCCGGCAACGCCCGCGGCAACGCCCCCGGCAACGCCCCCGGCAACACCCCCAGUGAAACCUCCAAGAGUCCCCGAAAUUAAUACUGACAUUGUUCUUCCACCGAACGCUCCUCAGGAAAUUCCUCCGGAUGCUGGCUGCGCUGAGGAAGGCGAAGGAACGACAGAUUCACCGCCAGGCCAAUCGGCAGACCAAUCUAAAUGUGGCUUAGGUACUGAGGAAACAACGCCCGAUUCCCUUAAGCUUGCGAGUCUGAAUGAAGAAGCAGGGAGGUCCCGACGCAUUGAUGUUACUUCCAAUGAAGCACCUUCGACCGUGCUUCAUGCCCCUAACCUCUCCAUUGAUGAAAGUGCAAGUGAGCCCCGCAUAGACUCCGCUUCCUCUCCUGCCUGUAAAUUAGACGAUCCUCAGCUGCCCGAAGUAUCCGCCCCUUGUGACGACACGAACGACAGUAACCUGUUGCCUUCACCACUGAGUACCUCCUCCCACAGUCUUGGAAGCUACCGAUCGUUACCCCGGCCUUCCCCUGCCCGCCGUUCCUCCCGGGUGGGCAGCGUCAACCUAGCGCAUCCCUCGUCGAUGAGCAACUCAUACGACGGCAGCGACAGGACAGUGGAGGAGAAAGGGGCGACCGCCCACUCUAGUCACGCUUCCUCCACCGUAGGAGGUUCGCUUCCCUCCUCCCCCUCCAUCCCCCGCCGCACCCGCCGCGCCCACCCCGUCCCCGCCGCCCGCUCCCUGCAGACGCUUUCCUCCAGUCCUGCAAAACUGUCUGUGGCCGCGGAAAGGGGAGCGGUAAGCAACGGGGCCAGCUACAGAAAGGUGUCGCUCCCCGCCAAGCUCAACGAGCCGGCCAGGGAGGCACCGGUACCAAAACCGCGCAAAGUGUCCUUGAACCCCUUUGACAGCGACGAAGACAACGAGGGAGAAAGGCGAAGGCAAAGCACGCCGAGAGAGGCGCCGGUGCCGCUGCCUCGCAAGGUGUCCAUGAACCCCUUCGAGAGCGACGACGACGACGACGAGGACAAUCGUGAAAUAUCCGGUUCGUCGAAAGAAAUCAAGGCAGUCGAGGCGCACAAACCAGCAGGGACGAAUCCUUUCGACGAAGACGAAGAGGAGGAGGAGGCGUCCAUAUGGAAAGUGAAUCCAGCCACAGGAGAGCUAGAAUUCAAGCCAACUUUGUCCUCUUCCCCAGCAACUAAUUCUCGAUCCUCCAGUCAGUCUUCCAUCACACUCCAGCGGUUAAACGACUCGAUAGCGUCUCUGAACGCGCAGCUCGCUAGAUCGCCACAUGAACCUGUAUCAGCACUUGAACCUGUAUCAACGAAUCCCUUCGACGAAGAUGAGGACGACGAAUUCAAUGACACAGGCUUGUCGAGAGACUCAACGCGGAUGUCUCUAUCCAUAGGGAGAUCGUCGCCCUUGCAGCGGGACGGCGCGCGCUGCUCCCUCCCGCCCUCGACGCGGACCAGAGUCAGCAGGAAGAAGAGACCAGCACCCCUGCCCCCAGGCCAGCGGCCCCCGAUCCCAAGCGUGGCGCCCCUCGAGCCCCAGUGCGACCACGACGUAAUCCCGCGGGGAGGUUCGACGGGAACGCCACUCCAGGGCUCGCCAAGAAGGGUCUCCACGGGCUCCCUGCACAACCUCUCCGUCUCCCCCAGGAUGCAGUCGUCGCGGAAGCCUGCUCCGCCACGCCCACCCCCGCCCAAACUGAGAAGUUCAAGCCAGACUAGAAAUUAGUGCACAGUUAACACAGCGCAAUUACUGGUAGAACAGGAAUAAAUCUGUUAUGCACGAGGCAGUGCCAUUACACUGACCACUCAACAGCAGUGUUCCUUCGGAUCAUCCAUUUAUGUGAUAAAUUUGUAAAUUUGAUGAACCCAGAAGCUUUAAUAUGUUUAAAUGAAAUCAGACCAAAAGACACAAUCAAAAAUUGUACUAUUUUCUUAAAGAUUAAUAUACCAAAGUAAAGAACUGUUUCUUCAUUUUGAUAAACUAUGAUGCACAUAUUUAUAGAAUAUAUAUCAUAGAUAAUCUGUUUAAUUUAAUUUACCUUUACUGCAUUUCAUGCUUAACUGUGCCAGUGAUAUUAAUCUUGCUUUGCGUGUAAGUUCUUUUUUAAUGAUUUAUGUUACAUCACAUGAAAUAUACGGGAAUUUUAUACAGUAUGCCAGGUCUUAUUUGUUACAUUAUUCGUUAUUUUCCAAAAUGAAGGUGCUAAUUCAGUAAUCUUAAUCUUAAAAGCAGUGAGAAUUGUUAUCUCUAUAGACAAUCGUACAUCUCACAUUGCUUAGUAAUGUGAGAUGUAUUAUGCUUCACAUGGUAGAUAUUUACAGUUGAAGAAUAAACGAGCCUUUUUUAUAUAUCUUUAAAGUAAAUAACACUUAGAGAGAAAGGAGGGGAGCCGACAAAAUAAUCUUUGUGGGAAGUUGUAUAAAAGAUAUAUUUUCUUGAGUUUCUGAUAAGUAUGUUUUGUCAUUUCGACUUCGGAGUUAAUGUGUGAAUAAAGUAAUAAGAUCAUUAAUUCGGUGAAACUCUGUGCUGUUAUUAGUAAGUUAUAUUUUACCUAAUGGAUAAUAGAUAAAACAAUAAAAUUUAUUAUUAAGUGUGAUCAGAAUCGCAUUUUCAAACAAGCAUUUGGCCUAUACAGAUAUCCCGUUGAACAUUAGUCUCCUCUGAAUAGGUGACCCAGCGAUACAACUGAUUUAUGUGACCUGUAAAACCAAAGUUAAAUUAAUUCGCACUAUAAAUAUUGUUACCGUUGAAAAUAUUAAUUUCAGUAAAUGAUUAAUAAACUAUCUACAGUGAUUCGUUAUUAACUGGUCAACAGAACAA